GCAAGUCUUGCUUCGUGUCUCUUAACUUUCUCCCGGCUUUUUUUCGUUGUAUUUGGCAAGACGAAGUUGAAUAUUAAAUUAUCUGAAACUAUUUUUUUAAGUUAACAAAAAGUUUUUAAUAUAUAGAAACUUUAUUAAUUGCGAUUUAGAAAAAUUUUAAUUAAAAAUGGGAUUGUUAUACAAUCUUUUUGUUCGACUCGUGAACUUUGCUGUUUUUUUUCUACUUAUAGUUUUAAUUCCUGGGUUACCACCUAACACUUACUUUCCAUUUACUUCAAUUGAGCUUAAGCCUCAACGAGAAUUAAAGGGACCUUUAGCCUUAAAUAAUUUAUUGGACAACGGAGAAAGAUUGUUGGAGGGUCGAGUUCAUGGCCCAGAAGCUCUUUUAGCGAGAAAAGAUGAAGUAUAUACGGGAAUUCAAGGUGGAGAAAUAGUCAAAAUAACUGCAGACCGAAUUAGGCAUGUAGCUAAAUUUGGGCCACCAUGUGAAGGAGUAUAUGAAGAAAGUAAAUGUGGUCGACCUUUAGGACUGGCUUUUGAUACUUUAGGAAACAAUUUAAUUGCAGCUGAUGCAUAUUAUGGUAUUUGGGAAAUUGAUUUGUCGAAUGGAAAGAAAAAAUUACUUGUAUCACCUAAUCAAGAGUUUGAUGGUACCGAUGGAAAAAAACGUAUGGGAAAAGUAUUUAACAGUGUAGCUGUUGCAAAAAAUGGAGAUAUUUAUUGGACAGAUUCGUCAUCUGAUUUCGCGUUAUCAGAUGGUAUAUUGGCUUCAUUUUCAAAUCCAUCAGGAAGACUUUUCCACUAUGAUCGUAGCAAAAAUGUAAGCAGUUUACUUAUUGAUGAGUUGCAUUUUGCAAAUGGCGUUGCCCUAAGUCCGAAUGAAGAUUUUGUAGUUGUUGCUGAAACUGUUUCAUCACGUUUAUUAAAGUAUCAUUUGAAGGGAUCAAAAAAAGGUCAAUAUGAAGUGUUUUUAGACGGAUUACCUGGUUUACCAGACAACUUAACACCUGACUCAGAUGGUUUAUGGGUACCCCUUGUGGCUGCUGCUGAUUCUGAACAUCCACAAAUAAUGCAAUUGUUGUCACCAUAUCCAAUAGUUCGAUUGUUUGUAGUUCGGUUUUUAGCGUUAAUCCAACUACCUUUUCGCUUCUUUAACAAUUUGAUUCCUAUACCUUUGGCUCAAAAAACUUUGCAUCUUAUUGGAAAUUUUGAAUCUGUAACAUUUCUUUAUCCCAGUCGUUCUACAAUUCUUCGCUUAGAUUGGAACGGAAAUAUUCUAGGUUCUUUACAUGGCUUUGACAGAUCAGUAGGUUUUGUCAGUCAUGUAUUAGAAUUAGAUGACAGUUUACUUCUGGGAUCACCAUUUAAUAAGUUUUUAGCAAGGGUCAAAUUGCCACGUGCUGCCCAAGUUAAAAUUCGUAAUGUUAGGUACGAAGGAGCGAUAGAUAUGGAACCAAUAGUUGUUGAAAGGAAACAACAAGCUCCCGAAGCCCAAAAAGCAGUGCCUUCUACAACCACAACCACCGCGAAGCCUACGACUACGACUACAAAGAACCCUUCAACUAAAACUCCGAAAGUGACUACCACACCUAAGCCUGUAACAUCUACACCGUCAAAUCCGAAAAGUUCAGAUACUGGUGCCAAAUCUGCUUCUCCAACUACAGCAAAGCCAACAACAAAUAAUCCAAAUGCUCGGGAAGAUCCAGCUCCUAUACUUGAAAAUAUACCAGUGGACGCAAAACCACCCAAAAAUGAAAAACUUAAAGUUAUAAAAAAAGGUGGCGUCCACGGAGAGUUAUAAAUUUUAUUUGUCGUUUGACAAUUUUUAUAUUAUUAAAAAUAUAGUGGCAUAAUAUUUACUAGUUAAUUGACCGAACAAAAAUGAUAAAUAGAACUAUAUUAUACAGUAUGUUUUUAGAUAAACUUUGGUUAAAUGUACAACAUGUUAAAAUGGCUUAAACUAGGUGUCGUUAUUAUCCCUUUGCUGCCUCAUAGCACUGGUACUGUUUACAUACACAUGAGUACGUUGAAAUUUAAACUGUGUUACACAACUCACCAUAUUGAUUUGAAUAUUAUCAUUCCUUUAUAAUUCUUAUACAAAUUGAUAUAUUUAUGAAUAAUAUAAAUUACAAAGUAUGUAUGUAUGUAUGUAUAUAAAAAUCUCACUUUUUGAAUAUUUUAUAAAUUUUUAAUUUACUUCUAAGUUAUUUUGUUUCGGAUUGAAAUUUUGCAUUUUUGUUUUUGUAUUUAAAUUUCUGAAAUAUUGAAAAAAAUUUCUUUAAAGGGUUUAAAUAAAAAUUUAUUGUUUUUUAUA